AAUUGCCUGAAGGUGUCAACAACAUUUUUCACCACGAGAUCCAGCGCUUGGAAUCGUUAAAGGAGAAGGAAGUCGAAAGCCUAAAUGAGUAGAAUACUAUUGCUUUUUUAAUCACUUGUCUCCGUCGCUAUACUAUUUGAUCAAAACAAGCAUGAAGUUCGCAUCUGCCGCAUUGAUAUCUCUGCUCUCUCGACCGCUGGCUUCUGCCAAUCUGAGCGUCAAUCCUGGUGCGCUCGAGGCUGCCAUUGGUUGCAACCAAGAACUUGGCGACCUCGAAUUCGUUUUCUUGGAGGACGAUGCCGUCGUGCGAUCCAUCGAAGAUGAUGUCCGUUCGGAUCUCGCCGAGAUUGGUUUCAAUGUCGUAGCCAAGCCAUUGUCCAAGGCUGACCUCAACACGGCUCGACAGAGCGGAGACUUUCAUCUCUCCAUUAGUGAAACCUGGGGAUUGCCGUACGACCCUCACUCGUUUGCUCAGGGUUGGAUUGAUGGUAAUGGUGGAGAAGGCAUCUUUCCCGCAAUGGUAAAUCUUGAUGCUCCAUCGAGUCGCGAAGAACUCUUGGACAUGGUCGAGGAUGUUCUCCAAACAGACAACCCCAACACCGCAAGAUCCAAGUGGUACGACAUUCAUAAGUACUACCACGAGCAAGCCGUAUUGCUGCCACUGUACGGAAAGCGCAUCCCCACCCUUUUGAACCGACGCUUGAGUGGAUAUGAGCCAGGAUAUCAACAAUUUGACUAUCCUGUCCAACGCCUGCGAGUUGUCUCGGGAUCCAAGAACGUUACCAUUUCUCCGGGGGCCCGCGCCGGUCUCUUUCACACCGUCGGAACCAUGAAUCCCCACGUGUAUGGGCCCAAUGAGUUCUUUUCCAACAACUGGGUGUACGAGGGCCUCGUUGCCUUUGGACCCAACGGGGAGGUCGUUCCCUCUCUUGCCGUGUCGUGGACUGUUACACCCAACGAACUCGGUGGGGACACAUAUACCUUCCAACUCCGCGAGGGCGUCACCUUCCACGAUGGAGCCGCCUGGAACUGCGAUGUGGCCAAGCUCAACUUUGAUCACAUUUUGGCCCUUCAAGAUACCAAGCACAAUUGGUACGGUGUUGGUACCAAGACCGAAGAUUGGUCCUGUAACAACGAAAUGGAAUUUGUCUUGCGCACCAACGAGAAGCACGAAUCUUACCUGAACGAGCUCUCUCUGAUUCGUCCGACCCGCAUGAUGUCUCCAAACGCCUUUGUCGGAGGAAAUUCAUCGGAUCCAUUCACAUCCAACUCGUGCCACACCGAUUGGGGUACCGUUGGUGACGUCAAUUGUGUUGGUAUUGAGACCGUUGCUGGGACAGGUCCCUUCAAGUAUGUGUCCAAGCAAGAAGCCGAUGGCACCACAAACCGGGUCACCUUCGAGGGCAACACUGCUUGGUGKGGUGGUACUGUGGACAUUGAACGCCUCGAAAUUGUUCGAUACACAAGCGAUGUCGAAGUUUUAGAAGCUCUCUUGAGUGGAGAUCUCGACAUUGUUUGGGGAGCCGGUGUCUUGUCGGAUUCCGAUAUUUUGGAGAUUUCUACUGAUCCCGUGUAUUCCGAGCGAAUUCAGGUUGGACAGUCCGAUCCUAUUCAGACUGCCAUGCUGAUUUUGAACACAGGUGCUCCUCCCUUUGAUGACAUUAAUGUUCGCAAGACUGUCAUCCACGCAAUCAACAAGGGUGAUAUUAUUCAAAAGGAACUUCCUCUUGCCUCGGUUGUGGACAAUGUCUUCCCUCGAGGAGCUCCUUACUGCGACGUCGAAUUGACCCCUCGUUGGUCUUACGAUUUCGAGAAGGCCGUUCUUUUGAGUUGUGGUGGAACUUCCCUUGAAUUUGCUUCCAAUGAAAACCUUGAUCUUGCUCUUGGCCUUGGUCUCGGAAUUCCUCUCGCCCUUGUUGCAAUUGUUGCCGUUGUGCUCUAUAGCAAGAACAAUUCUCUCAAGCAGGAACUUGAGGUGAAGAUGAAGGAAGGUGCCCAAAGUGCUUAAAGUAGUCUAGCAAAUGAGGAUAGUUUCCGUGUCAUUUAUAGGAUUUG